AUGCGGUUGUCACUGCUACCAUGGCUCGCCGUGGCCAGCAUCGGCAGUUCCCCUACUGCUGCCCUUGACUUCUACGUCUCUCCGGAAGGGUCAGAAAACAACACCGGAACUAAUGCCAAUGCACCGUUUGGAAGCAUUGCCCACACUCAAGAGGCUGUCCGCAGCCAAAUCUCGGCGUCCAUGACGGACAACGUCACGGUGCACCUCGCGCCUGGCUUAUACCCAAUCUCCAAGACGCUGUCGUUCACGGCCCAAGAUUCGGGCCGAAACGGAUUUACCGUUCUUUGGUCAGGCCCCGGUGCCGUCAUCUCUGGCGGGAUCCGGGUCACCGGCUGGAAACAAGGUUCCAAUGGCGUGUGGUCCGCGAGCAUACCAGCUGGAACCAAGUCCCGCAACCUCUACGUCAACGGGCAGGCGGCCAACUUUGCCCGCCGCAAACUCACCAACCGCAAGGACUUCCAGUUUACCUCGAGCGGUAUGAGCUGGAGCAACUCACAGUACGACUGGCUCAUGAACACGGCCGGCAUCGCCGGGGCUGAAGUCCGCUUCAUCAACUCAUUCACUGACCGAUGGGCGCCGAUUCAGUCGGCGGGAAACCGCCAGUUGGUGAUGCGGCAGUCCUCAUGGUUUAACAACAUGUGGGGAUACGACACGGUUGCCAAACCCAACGCCGACUUUGGUGUGUGGGUGCAGAACGCUCUGGCUCUGAUGACCGACGGGGGCCAGUUCUAUGUUGACUCGGUCGCUGGCAAGGUGUACUACAAGCCACUGGCCGGCGAGAACAUGGAUACGGCGAGCACAUAUUUGGGCGUGCUCUCCUACUUCGUGUCCGUGGGCGGCACCUACGACAAGCCUGCCCAUGACCUGGCAUUCAAGGAUAUCAGCUUUGCUCACAGCACCUGGAUGAAACCCGCCACGAUGGGCUACGUGGACCAGCAAACCGGCGGCUACAUCGGAGAGAACAAGACGUACACGCCUUCCAACUUUGAGUCAACCCGACCCCAUUGGCUCCAGAUGCCCGGGGCCAUCCAGGUGAGCGCGGCACACAACAUCCUCUUCUCAGGGGGCAACUACACACAACUCGGGGCGGGCGGCGUCGGCAUCGGAAACGACGCCAAUGCUCACGCGUCCGGAACCGGCCUCGGCGCCAGCUACGUCACAGUCGCAGACGGCUACUUCACGCAGGUCAUGGGCAACAGCGUCACGGCGGGCGGCAUCCAGGCCGACGCGCACCACCCCAGCGACGCGCGCAUGACCAACAGCCACAUCACCAUCUCAGGCAACGUCUUCCGCAACACCUCCUCCCUCUUCACCUCCACGGUGCCCAUCUUCCUCAGCUACGCCCAGCACUCCACCAUCUCACACAACGAACUCCACACCACCCCCUACUCCGGCAUCUGCCACGGCUACGGCUGGGGCUCCAACGACGCGGGCGGCAGCCAAGAGUACAUCAACCGCGGCCUGUACGCCUUCCAACCCAAGUACACCACACCCACCACCUCCCACAGCAACCUCAUCACCAGCAACCUGAUCCACGCCUACGGCCACAGCCACACGGACCUCGGCGCCAUCUACACGCUCUCCCACUCCCCCGACACGCGCAUCACAUCCAACCACGCCCUUGACGGCGCCCGCGCCGCCUACGGCCUCUACACCGACGAAGGGUCCGCCUCCUACGCCUUCACCGACAACCUGCUGCUGAACGCGGGCACCUGGCUCGCGCAGAACGGUAUCAACGGGGACCCGGCCGUGGCGAAUCUCUCGUUUGAGGGGAACUAUGGCCGGUCGGGGCCCAACAGGGAUGGGAAUUACUUGAUCGAGCGCGUGGAGCAGGCGUCGGUGGCGGUGCAGCGCGCGGCGUGGAGGGCGGGGGUGGUGCCGGCGGGGAGGGUGGGCAGGGAGGGGGUGGUGACGGAGGGGGAGGGGCCGGAUGGGUGGGUGGGUGUUGCGGGGAGGGGGGGCGUGGUGAUGGUGACGGUGCGGAAUUUUGAUGAUGGGGUGUUGAAGGGGGUGGGGUUUCGUGUGGAGGGGGCGGAGGGGGUUGGGUUUGUGGCGCAGGGAGAGGUGCCGGGGGAGGUGCCUGGGGAUGGGGAGGUGGCGGUGGGCUGGAAGGCGUCGAGGGGCGGGAAGGUGGUGAUGGCUCCCCUCCCCGGCUCCCAUAAUCCCGCCUUCACCCUGGACAUCAAGCAGCAUCCCUCCCUCCAUUUGAACAAAAUGACAAGCACAACACCAACAACAAGCCCGCCGCUACCCACCUUCGGGCGGAUCCCCCAGCACCUCUUGGACGACCACCGCCCCCCGCUGCCCAAAGACACCGGCGCAACCAGCCGCCUGAGGUCGCUGGACGAGCACAUCAGCUUCCCCUGCGGCCGUUCCCACGGCUCGUGGGGCUACACCAUCCUGCGCACCGCGUACGGCCCCGAUUCGGACACGCAGUUCGCCGUCGCGCUCGAGCGUCUCAAGGGCCAGGUCUACUGGUGGGGCAACCAUCCCGGCCGCUACUCCUCGUUUGGCGCGCUGUGCGAGCAGGACCGCGUCGAUAACGAUGAGCCCAACCGGGAGCUGUUUCGCCGCUUCUAUGUUGAGGUGAUUGAGGAUCGGGAGGGGCUGGCGCAUCUCGAUGGCGGCGGUGAUGAGGCGAGGUUCAAGGCCCUCGGCGAGUACUUUCGUCGGUGGGUAGCGGGUGUGGAGACGGGUUUCAACGCCGAGGAGAACCCGCGUUUCUGCGUCUGUCUGGUGUUGGAUUCAGAGAGUAUCGCGUCGUUGGCGGUGCUGGCCGAGGAGCUGCCGCCGCUACGGUGCGCGGUCGACCUCGACGAGAAGCGGCGGUUCCUUGGCAGUGGCGUGGGGGCUUGGGUGUGGCUGCUGGAGGCGGACUAUAUAGCUGAUCCCGACCCGGGCGAGGAUUACGAGUUGGACGACGAUGAUGGGUACCGCGGGUGGAUGAGGAUGGAUGUAGCUGGGAUUGAGUUUUCGUGGUUCAGACGAUUGCAGCGGGGUAUAAGCGGCAAGAGGAGGUGUUUUAUGCGCGAGCAGAGGGAGCAGGGCUCGGAUGAAGGAAAUUGCAAAUUGCGCAGGUCACGGCACCAGACACCACCGGGGAUGGAUGGGCUUAGAAAAUGCUCCCUUCAAAUGGAAUUACUGGGCCUGCUCAAGCAAGUCCGUAUCAUCGACUCGUCGACGGUCUACAUCCUGGGAGCGGGCCUCUACAGCUGGUUUAGCAACUACGAUCAAGCUUGUCUCAACACCGAGAACUGCCAACAACGCGGGUUCGAGGUCGAGCAGUCGGCGGAUAUAUGGAUCUACAACCUCUGCACCAAGGCCAUCGAAGAGCUGAUCUCGCCCCUCGGCGGGACGCCCACCUUUGCCGCCGACAACAAGAACGGCUUUCUCUCGUCCAUCCUGGCUUGGCUGCCGGGCUUAACGGGAAUUGACGGCCAGCGCAAGUUCGACAGCUACCGCGUGUGGACGGCCGAGAGCCUCGAGAGCAUGCACCUCACCCUGCCGAGCACCUGCGUCUCGGCCCUCACCGAGAUUAUCCGCUGCGACAACUACACCGAGACCUUCAUGACGCCCAGCAUCUUUGGUUCUCCCGGCAACCAGUCCGCCACGGACUUGGUCUGCGACGAUGGCUGCGGGCAGAGUCUGAAGGCCUGGUUCGACGGCGUCAACCUCGCCUGCGACGGCCACACCAUCAGCGAUGCACUGCCCAUGCUGCGCGGUGGCCGCAUCUGGUCGGGUUACAACUCGACCUGUCUCAAAGAUCCAACUACUGGGCAGGAUUGUAAUGAGCUCCAGCUACUCGGCCUACGACGACUUCAUCAAGGACCAGCUCAGCUACUCGUACUCGCGGUGCGGCCAGACCGACCCGACGUCGAUUCCCCGCCCGUCAUCUCACUCCCCGAAACCACCGACUUCUGCGCCACGGGGGACCUGUAUACGACAUCCGCCGGGGAGACAUGCGACACCAUCGCGUUCGCCAAAAACAUGUCGUCCGCGGCGCUAUACCUCGGCAACCCCGACGGCAUCCUGAACUGCACCAGCAUCGCCGCCGGGACCAGCCUGUGCCUGCCGUUCCCGUGCGGCAUCACGCACAUGCUCGUCCCGGGCGACACCUGUUCCUCGGUCCAGCAACUCGCCUACAACCUCACGGGCCGGCCUCUCGACAACGGCGACCUGCGCAAGUACAACCCCUGGAUCAACGACGCGUGCGACAACCUCCACGCGGCCAGCGACGCCGCCUUCGGGCACGUGGUGUGCCUGGGUCUGCAAAGCGGCGUCUUCGGCAACAAUCCCAAGCCGGGGGACACGUGCGCCAUGAUUGCGUACGGCUCCGGCGGGACCAUCGCGAUAUUGACGUUGGUGAACCCGGAGCUAAACGCAACGUCCGUCAGCUGCGAUGACCAGGUCGUGCCGGGCCACGCCUACUGCGCAAUCCCGUACUUUGCCUGGGACGUCGUGGACUCGCCGUCUGGCACCGUCUGA